UUGUUUGGAUGGCUCUUCUCUAAAAUCCAGCCCAAAACAUUGGUCUUUGCUAUUUUAGCAUUGAUGGCAAUAGAAGGUUCAGCAAACCUUAAGACUCAGUGGAACAUCAUGGGAGAAUUUAGCAAUUUGCCACAGGAGGAACUUUUAGAGUGGAUAAAAGUCAAUACCAGACAAGAUGCAGUUUUUGCAGGAGCAAUGCCUACAAUGGCAAGUGUGAAGUUGUCUACGCUUCGUCCUAUUGUAAAUCAUCCUCACUAUGAAGAUGCAGGAUUAAGGGCCAGAACUAAAGUAGUGUAUUCCAUGUACAGUCGAAAACCUGCAAAAGAAGUAAAAAGAGAAUUGCUAAAACUAGGAGUGAAAUACUACAUUCUGGAAGAAUCGUUGUGUGUAAGCAGAAAAAAGCCUGGUUGCAGUAUGCCUGAAAUUUGGGAUGUCGAAGAUCCUGCUAAUAGUGGUAGAGUUCCUUUAUGUACCCUUAUGAGCAAGGAUUCCAGGCCAUAUUUCAUCACAGUAUUUGAAAAUAGCAAUUACAGAGUCUUGAAGAUUCCAAAGGAAUAACAUUUCAAUGCAAAGAAUCAUCAGUCUUUCAACUUUUUAAACUAGUAACUGUAAGAAUUCUAAAUCAGAAAUACCUUUUCUAGUGGACUUAAAAUGGAAAAAUGUCUAUUUUAUUUUUUACCAUUUUAAGUGAAUUCUGAUUAUAGAAAUAUCUUAAACCUGACAGUUUGGAUUUCUAUUUCAGGGUCAGUCCCUUGAGAUUUGCUAUGCAAAUGAUUAUAUGUUUGCACAUUUUAUUUAACACUGAUCCAAAAAGAGUUAAAAGUAGCUGUGGAAUUUAACUCCAUUCUCAAAACCAAUGAUGUUGUGAAAUGGGACUGUCAGAAUGUCUUAGCAAAGCAAGUUUGUUUAAAGCUUUGGUGCUAGCAGCUAGGAACAAAGGAAUGGUGCUAUAGCAUCUGGCAUCACAUUUCUCAUGUCACUUUCAUUACCCAUCUCCCUUCUGGACAAGGUGAUACUAAAAAUUC